AUGAGAGGAUUUGUUAAACCUCUUAUUGCAGCGGCCUCGGCAGCUUGGUCAGUGUGCGUAUCUGCAACCGACACUUCUACCUCAGCCUCUCUCCCAAAAGACAUUAAGAUCGAUCUAAAGGCUGAAUGGGAUGUUGUUCCAUUUCAAUUGGAACUCGUUGAAGCAAUUGCUGCUGAAAAUUCCACAAUCUACCAUCCACUUCUAUUGGAAUUAUCUACUAGUGAACAACUCGAGGAUAUUCCCAAACCUAGUGAUAAACUUCUCUACGAUACUGCAAUUAAAUUUGCUUUAGACAAUGGAUAUAUUUCUGAAUCAGCUGUCCCAUUCAUUGAUUUGGCUUUGGGAUUGCACAAACAUUCAGCUAAAAUCCAAGCUUAUUACCAGUACCAUGACUCUGUAGCUUCUAGUAGUGCUUCAUCAGAAAAAUGCCCCGUAUGGAUCAGCUACAAUAAAAAAACCUCUUGCGAUUCUGAUACCGUUUUUGCUCUUGAAACAAAAUCUAAUGGAAUCUCCGAUAACUCUCUUAUUCUCCCACACGACAGAGUCUUUGGAUCUAGAAAUGAUGCACCUGUUGCAAUACUCUAUGCAGACAUCACCCAUAACUCGUUCCCUAUUUUCCACAAACAUCUUUACCACUCUGCUGAAAAUGGAAAAAUUAGAUAUGUCAUUAGAUACCGUAAAUCCGUUUUUGACGAAAAUGUUUCAACAAAUAAUAAUAAUAAUAUCCCGGAAAAGCAACCACUUGCUGGUUAUGGUGUCGAGCUUUAUGUCAAACGCACAGAUUACCUUGUUAUCGAUGACCGCGAUGUCAAAACUGAAAACAAUGAAAAUGAUGAUUCUGCUUCUAACGAUAAUGAACCUAAGAAAAUUGAGCUCAAGGCUGCUGAUGAAGGUGCAACCAUUAAGAAGCAAAAUAUCCCUCUUAUUGGUGUUAAAGCUGUCGGGUUCAUCAUGAACAGCGAAAACAAGUUUGACUCUCUAGUCAAUGUUUCUCUUGAUUUUCCACGCUACUCACACUCUAUUUCUGAACUCCCUGUUGAUCGAGAUCUUAAGGUGGAACUUGCCAAAACUAGAAUUAGUCCAGGUGCCAAUAUUCUUUAUGUCAAUGGUGCUCCAGUCACUCAACCAAACGACGAUAUAUUCACCAUCACCAAUGCAAUUCAGCGUGAAAGAGGAUUUUUUUCUCUUUUCAAUCAAAUUGGAAUCAAGUCCGAAGAUGCUAUCAAACUCAUUACUUUUGCUGACUCUCCUGAACAAGACAUUCUUAAAGAUAAAGAUAUUUCUGAUGAAAAAGAAGAAAAAAAAAACGAGAAAGAAGAGAAAGAAGAGAAAGAAGAGAAAGAAGAGAAAGAAGAAGAGAAAGAAGAAGAGAAAGAAGAAGACGAAGACGAAGACGAAGACGAUGAAGAAAAGAGAUAUUCUAAGCUCGAAGAUUCUGAGUAUACUCGUUUUGAUUAUCGUUCUUCUUCUCUUCUUUGGAUUAACGAUAUUACCAAAGACUCCCAGUAUCGCCGUUGGAGCCCUUCUCUCACCCAGUUUCUUAACGCUGGACAAUCUCACUUCCUUCCCAUUAGACAUAAUACCCAUACUCUUGUUUACGCUUUUGAUCCUUCAAAUGAACUUCAUAUGCGUUCUCUUUAUGAUGUACUUCUUAUUUGGCAACGUAAUGUUCCUAUUCAGAUUGCUCUUUUGCCCUUGCCCCACGACAGAAUGGGUGAGCAAAUUACUUACGAAAUGUACGCUAUUUACGAGAGAGGCAGAAACAAACAAGGUCUUACCCAGUAUCUUUCAAAGCUCCUUUCUGGAGUUAACCACAUCACUGCUGCAAACAGCUUUUAUAACACUAAAAAGUAUGAAUCAUACCGAUCCAUCUUUGACGACAAGAAAAUCGCAGCCACAAUUGAAGAAGCUAAAGCAACCGCUCAUCGUCUUGACAUACAUAUCUCUGACUCUCAACUUCCUACAAUCAUUGUAAAUGGCGUCUUCAUUACCCCCGAUCCUAAUUGGUUCUACGAAAUGUCUCAGAUUGUGAAAUCAGAUAGUUUUAUCGUCAAGGGCCUCAUUGAAGAAGGCGAAAUUGAUGACGACGAUAGUGAUAUUGUUCUUAAGGAUAUCCUUCUUCAAGAAUCAUUCACUCGCCGUAAUCGUAUCAUCUCAACAAGCGAUGCUUCCAAUAUUGUUUACAAUAGUGUAGACGAGCUUUACGAUACUCUUUGGCCUAAUCACCAACAAAGUUCUUUUAGCAAUAAUGUUGUUUCUUUUGUUCGCGAAAGAAUCCCAGAAAACACUGAAAACCCAGAUUUUGUUUCUACUUAUUGGAUUUUUGGCAAGUCUCACACAAAAAGCUUUCUCAAUCAGGUAAUCCAAGGGCUUACCUUUUUGUCUAAAAGCGAGGCUACUUUCCGUCUUAACGUUGUCCCUAUUGUUGAUCUCAAGGCUUCCCGCUCAAAUCAGCAAACUGCAAACAUCGUCAACAAUAUUUUGUAUCUUUUAACAUCUCAAAAGGCUGAUCUUGCCUAUUCUAAGGAAGCUAUUGAAAAUAUUUACACUGCAUUGUACGGAACCUAUAGCGAAAAGCGAGAAUCUCCUUCCCUCGAGGAGAUUAAAAAUAAGAUUACACCCGAAGACUCCUUUUCUACUACUCAAACUCACUACGACCAAAACUAUAAUUUGAUUGCUAAAAUGAAGACUCUUGAGUUCAAGAAAAUUGUUGAUUCGGAUCUUACUGUUGUUUCUGCUGGAAGAGUUAUUCCUCUUCCCGAUGGCAUUUUUUUGGAACACGAAGACUUGGGUCUUUUGAAAGAAUACGAAUUCAAGACACGCAUCAAGGGAUUGAUCCUUAUUUCUAAGAAACUCAAUCUGUUUGCUUCUAUUAAAGCCAGCACAAAGGAAACAGGAAAUGACCGCCACAUUUCUUUCACUUUUGUUGAUAAGCUUGUGUCUCUAGUUUCCAAGGUAAAGUUUAACUAUGUGGCAAAGAGCAGUAUUUACAAUGUCCAAUACACUCGUUUGGAUGUUGAACAUUGGAAUCUCCCCAAGACCUCCUUUGAAGUUGGCAAUAAGGAAACUGCUUUGAUCCAUUUGACUGCAGUCAUCGACCCUCUUAGUGAAAAGGGCCAGGUUUAUAUUAGCUAUCUCCAGUCUCUUUCUCAGAUCCCCUACAUUUCAAUCAAAGUCAUUUUGAACCCCAAGGCCAAAAUUGACAGUAUCCCAUUGAAACGCUUUUAUAGAGCUAGCUUGCCAAUUGCUCCUAAAUUUGAUAAUGAUGGAGCUGUGGUCAAUACUUCUGGUGAUAUCGUUUUAUCAAACAUGCCUCAGUCUACCCUACUGUACCUUGAUCUUGAUGUUCCUCCUGCUUGGAUUGUUAUGCCAAAGAAAAGUAUUUACGAUCUUGACAAUAUUAUCUUGGAUAAGGUUGAACCUGAUGAAGAAGGAAACACUGCACUCAAGGGUACCUAUGAACUCAAACACAUUUUGAUUGAAGGACAUGCUAGUGAUAUUACUCGUAUGCAAGCCCCCCGUGGUGUUGCUCUUAACCUUAGUCCUCUUGAUGGUCCCUUUUUCACUGACACCAUCAUUAUGGAAAAUCUUGGAUACUUGCAGCUGAAAACCACUCCUGGUUUAUGGCAAAUUUCUCUUAAAGAUGGGCCAUCUGCAGAAAUUUUUGAAAUUGCAAGUGUUGCACUUACUGAUGGUUCUGAGCUUGCGAACCCUGACCAAAUCUGGGUCACUGAAUAUACUGGUAUUACCAUUAUUCCUAGACUUAAACGCAAGCGGGGUAUGGAAAACAAGGAUGUUUUGGAAAAGGAAGCUGAAGCUACGAGCGAGGACCAAGAUUCUAGUGAUUCUAUCAAAAGAGCAUUUGAAGAUGCUGGGAAAAAACUUGCCAACUCCUUUUCAGGACUUUUCAAAAAGGAUUCUGAAACUCAGCAGAAGCACAGGGCUCAAACCGCUCUUUCACCCCCCAAGAAGAAUGCUGAUAUUAACAUUUUCUCUGUUGCUAGCGGUCACUUGUAUGAGCGAUUUUUGAGUAUCAUGACUUAUAGUGUGACUGCUCAUACAAAUCACACUGUUAAGUUUUGGAUCAUUGAAAACUUCCUUUCCCCCAAAUUUAAGGACUUCUUACCCUAUCUGGCCAAGGAGCGGGGCUUCGACUACGAGCUUGUCACUUACAAGUGGCCUCAUUGGCUCCGCCACCAAACUGAAAAGCAACGCACCAUUUGGGGCUACAAGAUUUUGUUUUUGGAUGUUCUAUUCCCACAAUCCUUAGACAAGAUCAUUUUUGUUGAUGCCGACCAAAUUGUGCGUACUGACAUGCACGACCUCGUUGAACUUGAUCUCCAUGGGGCACCUUAUGGCUUCACACCCAUGUGUGACUCACGCAAAGAAAUCGAAGGGUUCCGUUUCUGGAAGCAGGGAUACUGGAAACGAUACUUGGGAGAUCUCAAAUACCAUAUUUCUGCGCUCUACGUUGUCGAUCUUGUUCGAUUCCGUGAGCUGGCUGCAGGUGACAUGUUGCGCCAACACUACCAGAUGUUAAGCGCAGACCCUGGAUCCUUGUCGAAUUUGGACCAGGACUUGCCUAACCAUUUACAGCGCCAGCUGCCAAUUUUCUCUUUACCUCAGGACUGGCUCUGGUGUGAGACUUGGUGCUCUGAUGAGAGCUUAUUAACUGCAAAAACAAUUGACUUGUGCAACAAUCCAAUGACCAAGGAGCCCAAACUUGAUCGUGCUAGACGUCAAGUUCCUGAGUGGACAAAGUAUGAUGAUCAAGUGGCUGCACUAGAUAAGAAGGUGGCAAAAUAUCUUGAGGAGUUUGUUGCUGCUCAAGAUGUCCCAGAUCUAAUCCCUGAUUCUGGUGAUAGUGAUGAUGAAAGUGACGACGAUGAAGAGAUCCUGAAGGGAGCUCAAAAAGCAAGGGAAGAUGAGGAAGCGGUUGAUUAUGAAGCCCAGCUUGGUGAUGAAAACGCUCACGAUGAGCUAUGA